UGUGAGAGCUGUGAUUGGUCACAGCUUGUCACAUGGUACAUUGUUGUUGUGAAUAGCCUUGUACCAUAUUUCACUAGUAGUAAGCAAUGAUGUCAGCAAGUGACAUCUUGCUUACUACUAUUCAUGUGAUCACUGAUUGGCCAAUCAGUGAUCACAUUAUCGGGACCUCACACAGAGGUCCUGUACAGCGAUCGGACACAGCGGGCACCGGACCCAGACUGUAAAUGCGGGCGCCGUUUAUGAACGGCAACCUGCUCCUGCACUGCUCCCGUCCGGCCAUUUAUGUACAUGGGCCGGACAGGAAGUGGUUAA